UACACCAAUUCUGAUGGGCUAGAGUGUUCAGCCUCUCCCAUUCUCAGUCCCAGGCUACAACCCCAACCUCCAAACCCCUACCUCUGGAACCCUGACCUCGCCGCCGCCCGUCCGCUCGCCCCACCGACGCCGGCUAUCCCCACGCCGCCCUGAUCUAGCAUUGGCGACCUCAGCGAUGGCGUCCUCGUCGUCGGACAAGCGGGGCGAGCUGCCGCCAUCGGAAUACAUCGCCGGCGAGCUGCCCCGCGACGCGCUCUAUGACAUCCUGCUGCGUCUCCCGGCGAAGGAUGUAUGCCGCCUCCGCGCCGUCAGUCCCUCGUGGCGCUCUCUCACCUUGGACCCGCUCUUCGUCAAGGCCCAUGCGGCCCGCCACCCGGGCCCGCUCCUCGCCACCACCUUCGCCGACGGCGACUCCUGUGGCGUCAGCAUCGUGGAUCUGCUCUCCGGCGACGUCAUCAAGCGGAUACGCACCUCCGACCCCGACCUGAGAGUGCAGCGCACGCGCCUCGACCGUGUCUGCCUCGUCGGAGGGCGCCACCCUCUGGGCGUGCCUGUCACCCUGCUCGACCCGGCCACAGAUGCUGUCAUCAGCUCGUCGCAUGACAUCUCCAUGAAGUAUGCGGGUUUGCUGAAGUCAAGAAAGGCAUACAUGGACUCAUGCAUUUUUGGGAAAGUCCCCUCCACAGGAGUCUACAAGGCAUUCCGGUUCCUUGAAGUUCGCCCUCUGCCUUGUCGGCAGCAGCUAUGCGAGGUCAUGACUAUCAACGGCCGCAGCGCUGGACGGUGGAGGGCAAGACCAGGACCUCCGGGCCGUGUCUUUCCGAAUCACACGAUGAAAAGCGCAGUCAUCGAUGGGGUCGUGUAUUUUUUGAUGGAUUUUUCGAACAUGCAUCACGAAUAUUCGAAGGGGACCAUCAAACCAGCCAGCAUAGCUGCAUUCAACCUGGAGACAGAAGAAUGGAUGCCGCCGAUUGAUGGUCCGGAACAAGUCAACAGCUUAUUUCUUCCUGUCUUCGAGGACCCCAGAGAUGUGGGGCUUCUCUCGAUAACCAAUUUGAAUGGGUCCUUAGUGGCGGCCCAGGUUCAUCAUCGUUUACCUCAAUCUAUGGACCUAUGGUUUCUGAUGGAUCUUGAGAAAGGUCUCUGGGUUAAAAAGUACAGCAUAGGUUAUUACCGACGUGAGGAUCUUUGUAGUUAUCCUUUGCUGGUGUUAGAUGACGAGAGGAUUGUCUUUGUGAUGCAAUUAACGGGGCUGCUACAGGUUUAUGAUCCAAAAACAGAAACUUACACAGAUUUGUGGCAGCUGGAAGAUUUCAAGUCUAUGUGUAUUUACACAGGAAAUCUGCUGAGUCAAUAGGCUGGUUUUCACUGCUGAGGCUAACAGAAUGUGACAUACUAAUAAGAGUGCCAGCAGUUCCACCAGGCGCUAAGGAUGGUGUGUUUUGGACCCGACGAGUGGUAUUCUAUUGAAACAGUACCUUAUGAUUUAUACGGGCAAAUUUUGCCUUGAAUUAUCCUUUUUCGUCUAAUAAUAGUCUAAAAUAACGCUGUCCUAGUAGCUGAUACACUGAGUAUUUUGAUUUAGGCCGUGUUUGGCAUCGCGGUGAACUAUGAUAUCCUAUUUGGUUGAACCGAUUUUACAUGUCUUGCCAUUUUUGUGUCAGCUUUGGGUGUCAUCUUCAGAAAAGGAGCUGAAAAAUUGCGUUUGGAAUUUUUUAUGUAUUGUGAUCCUUCGCUAGUCAAUGAUCCUUUGUAUGCUGCUGAAUUCUUAUCCCCACCAUGGCGUAGCACACAAGUAUAUCGCUGGCUUCACUCUCUGUUUGGUUGAUGUCUAAUGUAUCUGCUCUUUGCGC